CUCUAAAAACAACUUACAUGCUUUAGCGGUUCCAUCCGAGGAAGGACUGAUGAGAAAAUAUUGUACUAAAUCAGCCAAAAACGUGAAAAAGGUCACGAUUAAACCUCAGCGAUUAAUUCAGGGAUCAAAUUGGACCUUAAAAAUGGGUUCCCGCCUCCCAUUUCUCCGCAUGAUGAGAGAGUGAAUGGAAUGAUAGUUGAAAUUGAAGAGAGAAGAGGAAAACGAAAAUGGUGCGACCGUCCUCCAAGAACAACAGCAACAACAGUACAGAAGCAGCAGACGUGAAAGAGCGAAAGAGAUUAAAGAAAUUGAGCUUCUCUAACCAUAUACUAUCCGACACUCCAAUCGACGCCCAGUCGCCUCUCCCUCCGUCGAAAACGGUGUUGAAACAUCACGGCAAAGAUAUUACAAGGAAAUGUCAGAGAAAAAACCGUUUCCUCUUUUCAUUUCCUGGUCUCCUUGCUCCUAUUGCCUCUGGUGGCAAGAUUGGCGAUCUCAAAAACUUGGGCACUAAAAACCCUAUUCUCUACCUCCAUUUUCCUCAGGGUCAAUUGAAGCUGUUUGGGACCAUUGUGUAUCCGAAGAACAGAUAUUUAUCAUUGCAGUUCUCUAGAGGUGGCAAGAAUGUUAUGUGUGAGGAUUAUUUCGAUACCAUGAUUGUGUUUUCUGAAGCAUGGUGGAUUGGAACAAAAGAAGAAAAUCCAGAAGAAGCUCGUCUUGAUUUUCCUAAGCAAUUUCUUGAGGUGCAGGGACGAGAAGUUGAAUAUGAUUUUAAGGGUGGGGCGGGUGCAGCAUCAGCAUUGAUAAAUAAGCAAGUUGCUCACAGAAGUGGUAUGAAAUAUGUAGAAGAAGAGUCCCCUGAUACUGAGCUUGAAAAUGACUUAUUGGAUGAAAAAAGCAAUUUGAAAGAUUUGAAGGAGACUACUCCUGUUCGGCAUUCUGAGAGAACUACUGGAAAAACAUUCAAGUUUGCAGAUGUUUCUUCUGAAGAAGAUGCUGUUGAGAGUGUUCCAGCUGACAUAGAUGUGAAAGAAGAAGGAGAAGAAGAAAAGAAGGUAAAAUCUAUUACUUCUUCUACCAUAGUCCUUGACUUUGAUGAUGAGGAUGCCACUCAAGGGAAUCAUUUUUCCUCACAAAACCACGCGUCUGCCAUGUCAGAGACCAAUUCUAGAAAGCUGUCUGAGUCUGCUGUCAUAGCAACAACAUCUAAAGAAGACUUGCACUCUAAUCGUGGUUCACUUGUUCAAGCUACCAUAUCUACUUUAUUUAAUAAAGCACAUGGAAAAAAGAAAGUAGAAGAAAAGAUUGAGCCAAGAAAUUCAAGGAAAUACCAAUCAUCAAAAGGUUUCUACUUAACUGUUGCUGGUCAGAAGUCGCCGCAUGCUGAUUUGAAAAGGAAGAAUGAUCAGGCUGGAGAACCUAUAAAAAGAGGAAAAGUGACUAGAGGCAAAAAAGCUGAGACAGGAAUUGAGGAAAAGAAGAAAGUAUAUGAGGUUGAUGAUGAAGACAUUGAGGAGUUCUCAAGCUCAACACAGGGCACUGAAGGAAGUGAUGAAGAUUGGGAAGCUUGAGAUUUGAGCUGGAGUGUUUUAAAAUACUAAUAGCUUCAACCUUGUAAGAUACCUGAAUCUCCGAAAGUGGAUCCUUUGUGGCGGGGGACAUGCUAGAAUACACCUAGCCUUUUGCUCCGGACAUCUAUCCAUGCAUGCUUGCUGAGCAAAUGACCUGAGAGCUGGUGUCUUAGUAUAAAAAAUUUGUUAGGUAAAGGGUUUUGCUUUGCCUUCACAAGUGUUUUCCAGUCAAUACGAUUAUUGUGAUCAUGUACUAAAUAAUUUCUUACUAGCUCUAGCUCUGGUAUUUGAUAGCUUAAAAUGUGUACAUUUUUUUAGGUAAUGGUUAGAUAAAACAACCAUGUAGAACAUCCCAGGUAUUCCUUUUUCUUAGUGAAAUUACAUGCAGGAUCUUUAAAACUUCACAAGUUAUGCCUGGUUUACACUUUACAGAAAAACUACCAUAUUUAUUGUGGUUCGGUUCAGGUAUUUCACGUUUGUACCUUCUUUAUUUGUAUUUUUUAAAAUUAAUUUAUGUUCCAUUAAAUUUAGAUUGAA